AUGUUAAGUUCAUUGAAAAAGUGGGUGCAAGAUGUGACGGUCGAUCUUACUCCUCCACCAGCACCACCACAACCGUCGACAUCUUCUCCUUCCUUAUUAUCAUCAUCCUUAAAAUCAGGAUCAGCACAUCAUUAUUAUUACUCUACAACACCUUCAAAUGAUCAACGGCAUAAUGAACGUUUAUCAACAACUUUGUCAUCAACGAUGGGUCUCUCACGGCCUAUAUCAAUGGAUAGUGUACGUAGUUCAAAAAUGGGUCCUACAUCAAUGCCACUACCACUAGCAUCACCUGUUGAACUUGAUUUAAGUCAUUUAAAUCGCGAAGAACAAGAACAUAUAGCAAAUGUAUUGCGACGAGCACGUGCUGUCGAUGAACAACAAUCAUCAGUAUCACCAGUUAUUGUUUCUUCAAUACAAUCGCCACCAACAUCAAUAGUUUCAGCAUCAUUAUCACCUUCAGUAUCGUCAUCAUCAUCAAGGAGUAGUUUUAAUACUGAAAAACCGGAAACCUAUGAACAGGACGAUAAAAAUGAUGGUAGUGAUAUUAAUGAAAUACAUGAAGAUGAAGAAUUGCCAUCACCUACACAGGAAUCAACAUCAACAACUAUUUACCGAUGUCAAGUGUGUAACAAAAAGCAACAACAAGGAAAUACAACGAUUUGUCCUCAAUGUCAAGAAAAUGAAGAAGUUACUCGAUUAACGCAAAACAAUACUAGUUCUCUCACGCCAACAAGAAAAUCAUCAUCUCCUAUACCAAUGGAAUUCAAUAAACAUGAAGAAGAUAAAAUUUAUGAUAAUGUCAUGAGAAUUGAUCAGGAACUAAUAAAACGAAACUCUCCUAUUCAUCAACAUGCAUAUCAUAAAAAUCAUCAUAACACGAAAAAAAUCAAUGAUAAUCAAGGUCAAGAACAACAAGACAACGAAGAAAAACAAUCAUAUCAAACAUUCAUCGUUGAAUCUAAACUACCAUCGACAUCGUUAGGAACAUCACUUUUAAUGAAAACACGAACAAAUAAUUUAACAGAAAUAGAUGAAGAUGAUUUUUUCUAUCAAGGACCAAGUCCAUAUGCAACAGCAAUUGACAAUAAUCUAAUAUCAGAUCAUAUUGAAGAACCAUCCAUACCAUCAUCAUAUAAAAUUGAUGAAUAUGUUGAAGAUGAUGAUAAUAAUGAACGUGAUCAUGUCAAAGAAUUAGAACAAACUAUAGCUAAUUUAUCUCGACAUUUUCCAGUAUCAUCACAACAAAUUAAUAAUGAUGAAAUAAAUCCAAUUGUAACAAAAUUGCAACAGCCAUCAACAUUAUCUGUUGAUAAUAUUGAUAUUGAUUCAAUUCUUGAAAUGGAAAUUGAAUCACCAUCAACAGAUGAAAAUUAUAUUCAAUCAUCUUUAUCUAUUCAUUCUACUAAAACAUCUUCUCAACAUUCUCAAAAUAUACCUAUUUCAAUACCUAUAUUAAUUAAUAAUCGUCGAGGAAGUCUUAGUCGUUCAUCUGGUAUACGAGAAAAUUUAACUGAUUUACUUAUAACAACAACAAAACAGAUAAUAGAAUCUUCUCCUUCAGAUAAUCGACAAUUACAACGUACUGCAUCUACACAUAGCAAGCGAAUGAUACCAAUACAUCGACAAAAACGAAAUUUGCCAUCUGUGCCUUUAAUAAUGGAUAAUUUACAAUUACGUCGAACGAACUCGGAAUCUCGAUUUAGUCUUCCAGCUGUACCAUUACCUAUUCAAAUAUCUAAUAGUAAUAUAGAUGAUGAAAGUGAUUUACUUGAAAUAGAUAUUAAUAAUCCAAUGGAUUCAAUCAAUAAAACAGGACGUUCAAAAACUGAAUCUGAAUUAAUUAAUAAUAAUGAUAUGAAUUAUUAUAGAAAAUUCUUUACUCCAACAAAUCAAUCACCAUCUGUUGAUAUUUUAUCUUUUCCUAAAAUACAAAUUAAACAAUUACGAGAUCAAACAACAAAUACACCACCUAUAUCAAAUCCUAAUUCAACAACUAAAAUAAAAAAGAAACUUAAAAAAAAAGGGCCAUCAUCACCGAAUAAUAUUAAUACCUAUCAUACAAAUCUAACAUAUAGUAACGGUCAAUCAACUUCAGCUGUAACAUCACCAACAUUAGUAAAUCCUCCUACAAUCUUAUUACCUUCAUCAGUAUCAACUAACAAUAAUAAUCGUCCAAAAUUACAAAAGGUUUUCUUCUUUUUCUUAAUUGAAAAUUUAAAUGAAAAAUAUUUUUCAUUUCUUUUACAGAGUACAAGUACAGAAACGUCAUAUCCUUUUCCUGUAUCAACAUUGAUUUUAAGUCGUGAUAGUCUAAAUGUAUCUCAAAGAGAUGGCGCCGAUCUUGGCUUUCGUAUAACAGGUGGUCAUUCAAUACCAAAUUGUAUGGAAGUAGCAGCAUGUAUUGAACAUAUUGAUAAACGUCAUAGAAAUUAUAAUAUAUUAAAAAAUGCUGUACAAGAAGGUGAUGAAGUUCUUGAAGUUGGUGGAAUAUCCUUACGUGGUAAAAGUGCCUUAUUUGUUCAAAAUUUAAUGAAUUCCAUACAAGAUGAAUUUGAAAUUGUUGUUCGAAGUCAACAUGUCAUACCACCUAUUUCACCUUCAAUUGAAAUUCAUAAACCAGAAAAAAAAAAUUUAAAUGUUCAAUUAAAUAAUAGCCUUGCAGUUUCAUCUAAUACAUCAUUAGUAGUUGAUUCAAAUAUUCCACGAAGACAUUCAAUGGAUACAUCACAAUAUUCUCCAACACAUUCACCAACUCAUACAGUUGUUAAAUCUCAAUCAACAAUAAUGCCAUUACCAAGAAAUGAUUCAAAUGAUGCAUCUGAACAAUUACUUUCACCUACAAUGGCUCGACAGAAAAGUGUUUCUUCAAAAGAACGUCUUUUCUCUGUUGAAUCUCUUCAUCGUACAUCAUCAAUUAAAUCCGCUGAACAUUUAAUAAAAGUGGCUACGCAACCAUCCGAUGUAAAUCAUAGUCAUAGUGGAACAUAUAAUUUAUCAGAACCAGAACGUAAACGUUCAAUAAAACGUGAUGAACCAAAAUCAACAUCGUUAGCUGUAACAACACCAGAAUAUAAAAUUUCAAAUGAUGAUUCAACAGGUUCAUCACAACCAGUACAACGUCGUCGAAUGUAUGAACAUCGUAAUAGUUUAUUACCGAAUGAUCCAGGUUUAAAUGGAGCCGGAAGUAAUCCAAGUAUGGAUCGACGAAAUUCAAAUGAAUCUGAUGAAAGUGAUAAUCUUUCACAAUAUUUUCGUUCAACACAAAGUCGAAAAAGUAGUUUAAUAGCAACAAAUGAUCUAUCCAAUAUUUCAAAUACAGAUAUAUCUCAUGAACAUAUACAAAAUUUAACACCAAUUAAUGAUAAUAAUACUAAUAAAACAAUAGAUGCAUCAAGUCGUUUACAAACUUUUAUUAAAACAAGUGAUGAAAAACGACUAUCAAGAGAAUCAACUGGUAGUAAUUUAAUAAAUCUUACUAAAACAGACGAAAAAAAAUUAUCAACUUUAGGUUCAUUUAAAUUUUUAAAGAAAAAAACAAAAUCUGUUGAUUUUUCAAAUCCAGCAAUUGAAAUACGUGAAAAUGAUUAUGUUGGUGAUAUUGAAUUACAAAUAGGACAUAAUAGUGAACGUGAACAAUUGGUUAUAAGAAUAAUUCGAGCAAAAAAUCUCAUUGCAAAAGAUACAAAUGGUUAUUCAGAUCCAUUUGUUAAAGUUUAUUUAUUACCAGGAAGAGAUCAAGAAAAUAAACGUCGAACAAAACAUAUCUCAAAAAAUUUAAAUCCUCUAUGGGAUCAUACUGUUAUCUAUGGAAAUAUGCAUCGAGAAGAAUUACAAUAUAAAAUGCUUGAAUUUACUGUUUGGGAUUAUGAUCGAUUUAAAGCAAAUGAUUUUAUUGGACAAGUAACAAUUGAUUUGAAAGAUGCUAAUGUUAUUGAUGAUAAACCACAUUGGUAUCGUUUACAAGCAUUACGUUCACGUGAAGAAGCUACAAAUCGUGGUUCUUCUCCACGUUUAUUUCAAAUGACAUCAGUUGAUUCAACAAUAUCAUCAACGUCAAUAUCGAAUAAAAAUACUAUCAAUAUGCAACCUUGUGUCAAUCAACGUAAAUAA